CUCGCCAGAAAUCAAUCUUCUCAUUUCUUUCUUUCACCUUUCACCACCGUUGUCAUCUGCUGUCCUCCGUUCUCCCCCGCCGCGAUUACUUAGUUAAACUCCAUUGAUUUGGUGUAGGUAUGGCUGCCAAACCGUCGGAGAAUGGAGUCGAAGGUGAUGAUGAGAGAGAGGAAGAGGAAGAAGAAGAGGAGGAUUCGGAAGAGGUUGAAGAUGGAGAAGAAGAGGAGGAGGAGGAGGAGCCUAGGUUAAAGUAUCAGAGAAUGGGAGGUAGUGUGCCGUCGCUUCUCUCCAGCGACGCCGCUUCUUGUAUCGCUGUCGCUGAGCGUAUGAUCGCCCUCGGCACUCAUGCUGGAUUAGUUUACAUUCUUGAUUUUCUUGGCAAUCAAGUAAAGGAAUUCCCUGCUCACACAGCUGCUGUCAAUGACCUUUGCUUUGAUAUAGAAGGUGAAUUUGUUGGAAGCUGCUCAGAUGAUGGGUCAGUUGUAAUAAAUAGCCUAUUCUCUGAUGAGAGAUUGAAGUUUGACUAUCAUCGCCCCAUGAAGGCCAUUGCUUUAGAUCCAGAUUAUUCAAGAAAAUCAUCAAGAAGAUUUGUAGCUGGUGGGCUAGCAGGUCAUUUGUAUUUUAAUGUGAAAAAGUGGAUUGGUUUUCGUGACCAGGUUCUACACUCUGGUGAGGGUCCUAUUCACGCAGUGAAGUGGAGAAGUAGUCUUAUUGCCUGGGCUAAUGAUGCUGGUGUAAAAGUCUAUGCUGCUAAUGAUCAACGUAUCACAUUUAUUGAAAGACCACGAGGAAGUCCUCGCGCUGAGAUUCUGCGCCCCCACUUAGUAUGGCAGGAUGAUACACUCCUGGUGAUUGGUUGGGGAACUUAUGUAAAAAUUGCAUCCAUAAGGGCAAAUGAAAACAAGGGAAUUAAUGGGGCAUAUAGGCAUAUCACUAUGUCCAGUAUUAAUCAGGUGGAUAUUGUCGCUUCUUUCCAGACCACCUAUUUCAUUUCAGGACUUGCUCCAUUUGGUGAUACUUUGGUCGUUCUUGCAUAUAUUCCUGGAAAAGAAGAUGGAGAGAAUGAGUUUAGUAGCAGUGUUCCAUCUCGCCAGGGAAAUGCUCAGAGACCUGAAGUGCGAGUUGUGACAUGGAAUAAUGAUGAGCUUGCAACAGAUGCUUUACCUGUACAUGGCUAUGAACAUUACAAGGCAAAAGACUAUUCUCUUGCUCAUGCUCCUUUCUCAGGUAGCAGCUAUGCCGGGGGUCAAUGGGCUGCUGGUGAUGAACCAUUGUACUAUAUUGUGUCCCCAAAGGAUGUUGAUGCAAAGCCUAGGGAUACUGAAGAUCACAUUUCUUGGCUUCUUCAACAUGGAUGGCAUGAAAAAGCCUUGGCUGCUGUUGAAGCUGGUCAGGGUCGUAGUGAACUUCUUGAUGAGGUAGGUACAAGAUAUCUCGACCAUCUGAUUGUGGAAAGAAAGUAUGCCGAAGCUGCAUCUUUAUGUCCCAAAUUAUUGAGGGGAUCAGCAUCAGCAUGGGAAAGAUGGGUUUUCCAUUUUGCUCAUCUCCGUCAGCUUCCUGUAUUGGUGCCAUAUAUACCAACAGAAAAUCCAAGAUUACGUGAUACUGUUUAUGAGGUUGCUUUAGUAGCUCUGGCAACAAAUCCGUCUUUCCACAAGGACCUUCUGUCAACUGUUAAAUCUUGGCCGCCUGUAAUAUAUUCUGCAUCGCCUGUUAUCUCUGCCAUAGAAUCUCAACUUAACACUUCAUCAGCAACUGAUCCUCUCAAAGAGGCGUUGGCUGAGUUGUACGUGAUAGACGGGCAGUAUGAGAAAGCUUCGCUUUAUGCUGAUACUAUGAAGCCGGACAUAUUUGAUUUCAUUGAGAAGCACAAUUUACAUGAUUCAAUUCGUGAAAAGGUUGCCCAACUUAUGAUGAUAGACUGCAAACGUGCAACUUCAUCGUUGAUACAACACAUCAACCUAAUACCUCCUCCAGACGUUGUCUCACAGCUUAUAGCUGCAAGGGACAAGUGUGAUUGGCGAUACUUUUUGCAUCUGUAUCUUGAUUCACUAUUUGUGGCAAAUCCUGUUACUGGAAGAGAUUACCAUGACAUGCAGGUUGAGCUCUAUGCAGAUUAUGAUCCAAAGAUGCUGCUUCCCUUUCUACGCAGUAGUCAGCAUUAUACACUUGAAACGGCUUAUGAAAUUUGCCAAAGAGGGUUGUUACGACAGCAAGUUUUCAUUCUUGGAAGAAUGGGAAAUUCAAAGCAAGCUCUUGCACUUAUCAUAAAUAACCUUGGUGACAUUGAAGAGGCUGUAGAAUUUGUGAGUAUGCAGCAUGAUGAUGAACUUUGGGAAGAGCUAAUAAAGCAAUGUCUCGAUAAACCAGAAAUGGUAGGUGUUCUUUUGGAGCAUACAGUUGGCAAUCUUGAUCCUCUGCAUAUAGUUAGCAUGUUACCUGAUGGGUUGGAGAUUCCUAGGCUGAGGGACCGUCUUGUUAAAAUCAUCACGGACUACAGGACAGAAACUUCUCUCAGACAUGGUUGUAAUGAUAUCCUGAAGGCUGAUUGUGUCAACCUCUUAAUCAAGUAUUACAAGGAAGCAAGGCGUGCCAUAUACUUCAGCAAUGAAGAAAAUGAAAUCCGUGCUAAAAGGGAUGAGACUAAAGCUUCUUACUUGGGAGAGAGAGUUGCGGGCAUGAAAUCCAUGGAGGUUAAGUCAAAAACCAGGGGAGGUGCAAGGUGUUGCAUGUGUUUUGAUCCCUUCCCAAUACAGGAAGCAUCCAUUGUUGCAUUUUUUUGUUGUCAUGCCUAUCAUACUACUUGUCUCAUGGAAUCCCUAAAUUCCGUCACUAGCAAGAGAGCCAAAAACAAGUCCAAGGAGGUGUUAGCAUACUAUGAAUAUGAGAAUGGUGAUGUAGACGAGGAUGAAGAUGACGCAUCUUCUUCAGGUGCUCCUCAAAUGCGAUGUAUCUUGUGUACUACAGCAGCAGGCUGAAUAGGUCGCGAGUUCCAAUUCUUCUUCUUGUGUGUCUGUGAUUGUUUUUGCUGCGGUUUGUGUGCAUAUAGCAUGAGUAUACUUUCUUCAUCAAUUCUGUUCUUUUUUUUUUCCCCUUCUUUCUGUACAAUAGUUAUCAAUUUUUUGGGGCUGUUUUAGUGGCCCUUGAGAUGAGGGUGGAGUGGAAUGGAUGAUGUAGUAUAGACGGAUUUCGGGGCGCUGCUUGCAGUUGUGUUGAAUAAUGCAACUGGGAAGGUUGAAAGGCAUUGGUUGACCAAUGUUGGAAUUUCAUGCUAUUGAACAACCUGGGGUAACAAGCGCAUUAACUUGCAUGUACUGAAUGUAUUCAUAUAUUGUCAUGCUGAUCCUGUAUAUUAGUUGGCUCUUUGCAGCAGUCAUUCAGUUGGAAGUUUGGGAACCCAACUACAUAGAAAUUUCUUCCUCUGGCUUUUGUAUAUUUUUAUUUUGUUGGUGUCA